UUAUCUGUUAUAUCUCAAAACGGCAUUCAUGGUCAUAAAUUAUAGGUUUUUAGCAUACGUCUUUUAUAUAACAAAAUAAAACAACAAUGCUGUAUUACAUAAAGAGUUGGCGUGUGUGUAGGGUUACCUGGGCACGUCACAGAGGGCCUAAAGACAAGGGCGUCAUGCUGACGGCGCUUCAAUUAUAAAUAGGCCUUCGACAAGGUCGUGGCCAUGGAAACAGAAAUAGAAACUACAAGAAACUCGAGAGUCCAGGUGAGACUGGUUCCUCUAGGAUUAGACGGGUUAAGACUCCCAGCGAACAGACGAAUCUCCCCUUUGUCUCACUAUGGAGCUGCCAUCUUUAUUGCUUUGUGUCCUGCUGAAAGUCUCGGCUGUUUGCUGUCAGGUCCUCGCACAGGAGCGCAUCGUUGGAGGCUACGUUCCCGUUCCACAUUCAAUCAAGUACAUCGUGUCGAUACAGACGUCGGACCGCCAGCACUUCUGCGGGGGCUUCUUGAUCAAUAAAUUCUGGGUAAUCACAGCAGCACACUGUAACAUCGGGUUAAACAGGAUGGUGAUAGUGGCAGGAGACUAUUCUUUGACAGUUUACGAAGGCACAGAGCAAGAAAUCCAGCCCCAGAUUUUGUAUCCUCACCCCGACUACAACAGUGUCACAAACAACAGCGACAUAAUGCUCAUUAAGCUCAGGGCUCCCGUCUUCUUGAACAGCUACGUCUCUGUGGUUUUGCUGCCCCGGCAAGACGCCACCAUCGCAGAGGGCAAAAUGUGUAGGGUGUCAGGGUGGGGAUACACAGCUCCAAGCGGGGGCCAAAUCCCAUCCACGCUCCGAACCGUCACUCUUCCCAUCGUGUCUUUGGAAAAAUGCAACAGCAGCGACUCAUUUAAUGGGAGCAUCACUGAGAACAUGCUGUGUGCAGGUUACAGCUUAGGAGGAAAAGAUGCCUGCCAGGGGGACUCCGGAGGGCCGCUCGUGUGCAACGGCCGGGCUUACGGCGUGGUGUCGUGGGGCAAAGGUUGCGCCGAAGCUCAGUUUCCUGGCGUAUACACUGCCGUGUCCAAGUUCCGCCGGUGGAUAGACGAGACCAUAUUCAGCUACUACAGUCGAUGUCACAAGAAUUAGAGCUUGCAGAAACUCUUCAUUUUACCGUUCGGUCCAAAAAUGUUCAGUAAAUUGUUGCACAUCUGUUUGUUUUCCUGAUGAGACAUAAAUGAGACUGUUCAGUGCGCUUCAAACCAACAGUAUCUGAACUCAGUUUGGAUUUAGCAGGAAAGGGGAACUCUUAAUAAUAUUUUUUUAAUAGAUUAUUUUUUCUCAGGUGCAACAUCACUGAAAAUUAAUGGACUGGUUUUCCUUUAAUGCAAUUUCUUCUAUUUUUCAAAACAGAAAAUGUAUUUGUUUUAAUUUUUAAUGUACAUUUUACAAGUUCUACUUUAAAUGGAAAUUAUUGAUGCUAAAUUAAAUAUUUUUUUUCAAAACAAAUUAGUAUUUUUUUAAAGAUUGGAAAGUAAAUCAAACUGAUCCUAAAAUUGUGUAAAUUGGAACAAAAUUGAUCCAAAUUUUCAGCAAUUUAGCCUUAAAGGUACGCUAAGGGUUUCUUCUUCAGUUGAUGAUAACUUUAGAUUCUAACAGAGGAUCCAUCUUUGCAGUUUUCAAGUCUUUGAAUGAAACCCUAGAAACAAGGCACAUCGAAUGUCUUUCUGAUGAAAGUGCUUUAAUAAGUAACGAGUGAUGAAACAGCAGUCAAAGCAGGACACGCUGACCACACGUCUCCAGACCAAAGCGAGGUGCCAUAUCGCUUUUCUUCCCACUCACAUCCUUUAAGGACUAGGUCAGCCUGUUUCUAAAGGAUGUGAGCAAAUCCAUGUAUAUUUAAGUAAAACUGGUGCUUUGG